CUUGGGGAGGUCCGUGUAAGAGCCGCCUGCCCGCCGGCCUCCCUCGGUCCCUCCCCGGCAGUCGCUCCGGGCACCACCGCGGAACGAUGGAGCUGGGCUGGUGGCCGCAGCUGGGGCUCACUUUCCUGCAGCUCCUUCUCAUCUCCUCCUUGCCAAGAGAGUACACAGUCAUUAAUGAAGCCUGCCCCGGAGCUGAGUGGAACAUCAUGUGUCGGGAGUGUUGUGAAUACGAUCAGGUUAAAUGUGCCUGCCCUGGAAAGAAAGAAGUGGUGGGUUAUACCAUCCCUUGCUGCAGGAACGAGGACAAUGAAUGUGACUCCUGCCUGAUUCACCCAGGUUGUACCAUCUUUGAAAACUGCAAGACGUGCCGAAACGGCUCGUGGGGGGGUACUCUGGACGACUUCUACGUGAAGGGCAUCUACUGUGCAGAGUGCCACUCGGGCUGGUAUGGAGGAGACUGCAUGCGAUGUGGCCAGGUUCUACGAGUCCCGAAGGGUCAGAUUUUGUUGGAGAGCUACCCCCUGAAUGCUCACUGCGAGUGGACCAUUCACGCCAAACCUGGGUUUAUCGUCCAGCUAAGGAUUGUCAUGUUGAGCCUGGAGUUUGACUACAUGUGCCAGUACGACUAUGUUGAGGUCCGUGACGGGGACAGCAGCGACAGUCAGAUCAUCAAGCGUUUCUGUGGCAACGAGCGGCCAGCUCCCAUCCGAAGCACGGGUUCCUCGCUCCACGUCCUCUUCCACUCAGAUGGCUCCAAGAACUUUGACGGCUUCCAUGCCAUCUUUGAGGAGAUCACAGCAUGUUCCUCGUCGCCUUGUUUCCAUGAUGGCACUUGCAUUCUUGACAACACCGGAUCUUACAAGUGUGCCUGCCUGGCAGGCUACACCGGGCAGCACUGUGAAAAUCUCCUUGAAGAAAGAAACUGCUCAGACCCUGGGGGCCCAGUCAAUGGGUACAAGAAAAUUACAGGAGGCCCUGGGCUUAUCAAUGGGCGCUAUGCAAAAAUUGGCACCGUCUUGACCUUCUUUUGUAAUAACUCCUAUGUUCUUAGCGGCAAUGAGAUGAGAACUUGCCAGCAGAAUGGAGAGUGGUCGGGGAAACAACCCAUCUGCAUAAAAGCCUGUCGAGAACCAAAGAUCUCAGACCUGGUGAGACGGAGAGUUCUUCCAAUGCAGGUUCAGUCAAGGGAGACGCCAUUACACCAGCUAUACUCAUCAGCCUUCAGCAAGCAGAAGCUGCAGGACUCCUCUACCAAGAAGCCACCCCUUCCCUUUGGAGACCUGCCCCCUGGGUACCAAUAUCUGCACACCCAGAUCCAGUAUGAGUGCAUCUCACCCUUCUACCGCCGCCUGGGCAGCAGCCGGAGGACAUGUCUGAGGACUGGGAAGUGGAGUGGGCGUGCCCCGUCCUGCAUCCCUAUCUGUGGGAAAACUGAGAACGUCACUGCUCCGAAGACCCAGAGGACGCGCUGGCCGUGGCAGGCUGCCAUCUACAGGAGGGCCGGUGGGGUGCACGGGAGCAGCCUGCACAAGGACACGUGGUUCCUUGUCUGCAGCGGUGCCCUGGUCAAUGAGCGCACCGUGGUGGUGGCUGCCCACUGCGUCACCGACCUGGGGAGGGUCACCGUGAUCAAGACAGCAGACCUCAAAGUCGUCCUGGGGAAAUUCUACAGGGAUGAUGACCGCGAAGAGAAAAGCAUCCAGAGCUUGCGGAUUUCUGCAAUCAUCCUGCAUCCCAACUACGACCCCAUCCUGCUGGACGCGGACAUCGCCGUCCUGAAGCUCCUGGACAAGGCUCGCAUCAGCACCCGCGUCCAGCCCAUCUGCCUGGCGGCCCCUCGGGACCUCAGCACCUCCUUCCAGGAGUCCCGCAUCACCGUGGCGGGCUGGAAUGUGCUGGCAGACGUGAGGAGCCCCGGCUUCAAGAAUGACACGCUGCGCUCCGGGGUCGUCAGUGUGGCGGACUCGCUGCUGUGUGAGGGACAGCACGAGGAGCAUGGCAUCGCGGUGAGUGUCACAGACAACAUGUUCUGUGCCGGCUGGGACCGCACUGCCCCUUCUGAUAUCUGCACAGCAGAGACGGGCGGCAUCGCAGCUGUGUUCUUCCCGGGGCGGGUGUCCCCUGAGCCCCGCUGGCAUCUGGUGGGGCUGGUCAGCUGGAGCUAUGACAAAACAUGCAGCCACAGCCUCUACACAGCCUUCACCAAAGUGCUGCCUUUUAAAGACUGGAUCGAGAGGAACAUGAAGUGAGCCUCAGGCCCAUCAAGAAGCACCUCCAUGCAUCCUUCCCUAUGUGCAUUGCCCGAGGCAUUGUGGACCUGAAAUGUGAUUCUGCCCGUGAAUUUGGCUGUGCCAGGGCUUCUGAUUUCAAAACCAGUGGAGGGCGAGUCGAGCUUACUUUCUGGUAGGCCACUGCCUCCCUGACUGCUGGGACCAUUUGGAAGAUACCAGGGCUGCUUGCAAGAACUCAGUUUCUUCAAAAUAGACUACACGAAUAGCAAAGAAAUCCUCCCCGUUCAACCGACCCCAGUGGCCUUCCCCACCUGCCCUUCAGUGCUGCGAAUGCCAUGGUCAGCUGUGGUCGAGAGAGGGUUGAUUGGCUUCAUCAGGUCUCCUCCAAGGCGCCAGCCAGACAGAGUUCCAAAGAGCCGCCCGCAGGACAGUCCCGGACAGCGGAGCCUGGCUGCGGCAUUGGUGUCCGUGCACGCUGCCGCGUCACGAGGUGGCCCUUUUCCUUCCCAAUCCCCUGUACACACUUUAAUAAAGCAAGGGUUGGCUUCUGACCCACGGAAC